ACAUAUCCAGAAGCAAUUGGACCAGGCCCAAGCCCAGUUGUAUUAACCAUCGCUCGAGGCAGAAGCAGUGCCUCUCAAGAAAGGUGCAUUCAUUUCUUUUGGCAGUUCCACUCAGGCCCGGUCUUGAGCAGAUACCUAAGAAACAUGCAUGGGGCCUACAAAUUGUAUAGGUUUUUUGGGUUUGCAUUUUCUGUUUUUAUUAUUAGCAUAUGAAAGGAAAAAAUCAGUUCUAGGACAUGUUUUGAACAUAUAACAUGAUAAAUGUUUAAUUUUUUUUUCAUUCUCUUAUAUAAAAUGAAAUAGAAAGAUAAUUUUCAGAAUUGAUACUUUUAUAAAUUUUAAGGAUAUUGUAAUUCUUAAAUGUAAAUUAGAAUUUUAAUAAUUUAAAAUUUUAAUUUAUUAGAUAGGACCUAUAUUUUUGAUUUCGUAUUGGACCCGAAAUAUCUCAGAACCGGCACUGGUUCCAGUCUUCCAGAUGUUUUUACUUUCCCAACCGGAGAUUUAACUCUAGUCAGAUCGGUAGCAGCUCCGAUGGUGAAGACCAUGGCUCUGGCUCUGCUCACAUUCCUCACGACGAUAUGGACGAACCCGUGUCCGGUCUGGUUCAAUUAUUCAGUGGAUAUUUCAUCGAUUUUUCUCUAUAUCUUCUAUGUUAUCAGGUUUGUCUUGUUGUUUUUCUCUCUUCGAUCUAAUUCAUGGCUCAUAUAAUUAAUUAUCUUAAAAUUGUGUGUUGUUAGACCUUGAGUACUCUAGAUUAGGGCAAAGCAUAAUAGGAACAAACUAGAGGUACACUGAUCUAGAAACAAAGCAUAAUAGGAACAAACUAGAGGUGCGCUGAUCUAGAAACAAAGCAUAAUAGGAACAGGCUUGAUAGCACCGGGGUAUUGGGUAAUUCCUUUUGAUGGGCUUUUGUGUUUUGUAACUAUAUAUCAAUAAAUAGGGAUGCUCUGAGACUUUUAUUGUGCCAUCUAGAAAAAAACUUGAGCCAAAGGAGCCAAAUGCUUGCUUCCUCAUAAUAAAUUUUUAAUUAUCUUAUUUUUAAUUAUAAUUUUUAAUUAUCUUAUUUUAAAACACUUUUGAUGGGCUUUUGUGCUGUAAAUCAAUUGUCUUGUAUUUUGUUCAUCUGUUUUCCUCCAUCAUCUCAGCACCGGAUUGCACAUGGUCAGUUUAGGUGAGGCUGGUCCUAAUUUCGGUUUUCGAAAGCCCACCAACAAACCUUUUUAAAGAAUCAUGGCUCAUUAAAGUUUACUUUCUUUUAUCAUUAGAUCUAAAGUCUCUCUUCCUCCCACAACAAUUACCUAAACAGUCGGAGUUUAACUCGAGAUGCCCCUUCCUCUCCAUUAGAAAUGCUGAUUUCACCCUGUAAUAAAAAAUAAUAUAUUUUUUAUUUUUUUUUUUAAAUAUAAAAUCGGGUAAAUCGUGGUUAAAGACGCUAGGGACCUUAAUGAAACCAACUUAUUACCAACCCGACCUGCUCUACCCGACCCAACCAAACUGAACAGGAUCCUAUUCUCUAAACGAAGCGUUUCGUCUCUCUCCCUCUCCACCUAAAUCUAAAUCUCGUCUCGUCCCUCUCCGGCUUCUCUCUUGCGAUUGCGCGAAACCCUAGCCUCCGUGCUUUGUGGCUUUCUCCGUCGUCCUCCUCCGUCUAAAUCGAGAAUCAAUCAAUCUCUCUGUGGACGUCCUCUCUCCCUCUUAUUUCUCGGGUCUCAACUCUCUAGAGUCGAGAACUGCUUCGUUUCUUCUUCUUUCUCCGACGAAAUCUAGUCUCCAUCUUCGUUCCUUUUCGUAAGUGAGUAGUUUCCUUUGAGUAUUACAUUGUUGAGAUGUAAUAAUUGAUGUUUGCUAUGCGGUUUGCAUUUGGAGUAAUUGACAGUGACUUGUUGUGUUUUUAACAGCGUUUCUAAUUUCUUGUACAGGAAAUGAAGGGCCGAAAAAGAAAGAAUCCAUCUACUACGUGCGUUGGAGUCUCCAGUAGAACUAGAGCUAGAAAGGCGGUCUCAGCUGGGAAUGAGCCGGCAAGAGAAACGACUGUAGUUUCUCUCUCUGUUGAUUCAGAAAGUGAUGACAUGUCUGCUGUAUCAUCUAAGGCAAGGCAACCACCACAGCCCCUUGAAUUAUGCUUCAAGAGCACAGAGUUCACGAAGACUUGCAAGAUUCAAACCAAGUGCCUUGUGAAGAAUACAGUGGACGUGAUUAAGAAGCUUAAGGAGGAGGUUAAAUGGUUCACAACCCAUCCUCAAUUUCGUCACUUCUUCCACAUGCCUGAUGAACAAUACCUGAAGCUCCAAGGAAUGUGGAUGUUACUCUUGCGCACCAUUUCGACUGAAGAAGAAGAUGUUGCAUGGUUUGGUGUGAAUGGUGUUCCCAUCCGCUAUUCUAUGAGGGAGCAUGCCCUCAUCUCGGGCUUAGACUGCCAUGAGUAUCCGAGGAAAUAUUUGAAGCUCGGGAGUACGAAGUUUGUGGAUUAUUACUUCGGUGGACUAAAGAAGAUCACCAUAACAGAUGUGGAGCACAAGCUGUUGUCUAUGAAGACGCCAUGCAAUGAUAGAUUGAAGAUGGCUGUCUUGUUCUUCCUUGGUCGGGUUAUCAGAGGACAGGCAAAGGAUUGCGGACCAGUAGACCCGUUCAUCUUAAGGAUCGUGGAAGAUUUGGAUGUUUGCAGAACAUUUCCAUGGGGUCGUUUGACAUUUGAAGAUGCAAUAAAGAACAUCAAGCAUAUGAUGGAGCUUCUGAAGGGUGAAGUGCACUCGGCAUGCGGCUUUCCUGGAUUCAUAAUUCCAUUAGAGAUUUUGGCUUUUGAAUGUAUUCCUAAGCUGGGGAAAACAUUUCGACUAUCUACAGACACACCUUCUGAAGAUUGUCCUAGGAUGUGCAAGAGCCGGUUUACAAAGAGUAGCAUGAAGGGCUAUCCUUUGGAAGAUAUAUAUGCUGCACUUGGACACACAAAGGUUAUUAACAGUGUGUUGGUGCCAACUGUGGGUGAGGAAAUCAUGCUGGCUCGUAUAAUUGAUGAGGAGCGAGAGUAUCAUUGUGAGGGAAGCACAAGUGAUACUUGGAACCACUGGCUAAAUGUGAAGCAGAAGAAGAUAUUUUGGAAAGAGCUAUACGACUUAGAUGUUGCUGCACGAGUGUUUAAGAAGAAGAAGGACAAAGAAAAGGUGACGUUUUUAGAAGAUUCGUCUUCUAAAUCUGGGUUGGAGAGCUUGAAAGCUCUGGAAGAAAAGAUUUUGGGGGCCAUGAGUGAAGGGUUUUCUGGUCUUAAAUCAGUGGUGGAGGCAAAGCUGGGUGAUAUGGAUGUGAGGAUGAGUAAAUUUGAAAAGAACCAGCGACAACUUAAAAGAAGGGCUAAGAAAAUAGAAGAAAAGCUGACUUCUAUUGAGAGCAACAAAAAUGAGGAGAGGAACUAUGGUGAAGAUAUGGAUUUUGGAUGGGAUGAUAGAGAUUAUGGUAGAGCUGAAGGGAAGGAAAACAGUGAGAAGGCUAAGGAAGACAAGGAAAACAGUGAGUCUGGCGAGGAAAAGGAUGUGGUCUCGGGUGGGGAAAACAGUAAGGAUGGUGAGAAAGACAAGGGAAACGUGGAGGAAGAAGAAGAGAAGGAGAACGAGGCUGAUAAAACAGAGCUGGGAACUAGAGAAAAAGAUGAGGUCUCUGAAGAAGAUUACGAUACUGAGGAAGAGGCUGAGAAGAGGAGAGUAGAGGCGGAUGCGUUAUGGAAGAGUAUUCUUUCUGAAGAGACUGAGUAUCUAGAGAAAGAGGCUGAGAAAGUUGCCAAGGGAACUCCUACACCACCACGUGGUAGACCGAAGAGAUUGGCCGCGAGAAAAAUAGUACUUACACCACCAGAGGAGUUUUUAAGAGGACCAACGGUAACUUCGCCAUCACCUAUCGAGACUGAAAAAGAGGCUGAGACAGUUAUCGAGGAAGAGGGUGAGGAGAUGGCAGUUGAAGCCGAAGAAAGUGACGAGGAGAGACUCAAAGAAAAAAAUGCUGAAGAAAUGGUGGAGGAAGAAGAAGGUGUGGAGGAGAGUCCCACCGAGAAAAUAGCUGAAGAAAUGGUGGAGGAAGAAGAAGGUGUGGAGGAGAGUCCCACCGAGAAAAUAGCUGAAGAAAUGGUGAAGGAAGAAGAAGGUGUGGAGGAGAGUCCCACCGAAAAAAUUGCUGAAGAAAUGGUGGAGAAAGAAGAAGCUGUGGAGGAGAGUCCCACCGAAAAAAAUGCUGAAGAAAUGGUGGAAGAAGAAGCUGAGGAUGCAGAGGAAGCAGAGGAAGCUAUGGAAGCAGAGGAAGCUGAGGAAGCAGAGGAAGAGGCGGACAAAGUGGUUGAGAAAGAGGCUGAGACAGUUGUCGAGAAAGAGGGUGAUAAAUACACUGAUGAAGAAAAGUAAAUGUGGGCCUUGGUCGUUUACAAGGCUAGUGAGGAGAUGGCGGAUGGGACCACUGAGGUGAGGAGAGAUGGAACCAAUGAGGUGAGGACAGGGUUCAAGCUUAGGUGCAAACAGAAGAUAAUGAUGUAUGGCAAACCAAGGGGGAAGAAAAAACCUCAGCGGCCCCAGAGUCAAGAAUCAGCACCUGUGAUUGCACGUACGCCAAGGGAGAAGAGAAAACCUCAGCGGCUGCAGAGUCCCUACACGCAGGUGAAGACAGAAGACAUUGACGGGCCUAAGAAGAAGCGUAAAACAAAGGUUAAGUAGGCGUCUGAAAAUUAUUUAUGUAUUUGAAGUCUUUAAAACUUGGUAGGAUGCUUUUGGAUGUAAUAUGCUUUUGGGUGUUUAAACUUGGUUGUGGUAUGCUUUUGGAUGUUUAAACUUGGUUGUAUAAUGUGUUUUGGAUGUUAAAAAACAGGUUUGGAAACUGUUUUCAA